AUCCUACUGCUAACCACCACAGUGAGAAACCCCUCCAUUUCCCCUCCAGGAAAAAGAUUAACACACACAAGAAACUCAAUUGAGCUACAAAGAGAUCAAGUAAGAGAUUAAAAGAAAAAAAAGAAGAUGUGUUUGGUGUUGUUUUGCGAAGAGAAGGAGAAGGUGGUGGCGACGCAGAAGGCGCCCGGGAGUUGCCCCUACUGUGGUGGGGUGGUGAUGGCGAUCGAUGUCGAGAGCACGAGGAGCCUCUUCUGCCUCCGCAUCUGCCUCCUCAGCAAGAGGAAGUUCUCCUGCACCCGCUGCUCCCGACACUUGGUUUCUACUAUAUAUGAUCAGUAGUUAAUGUUAAUGUAUUGUCGAUCGAUUGAUACAUUCCUCUUUCCUUUUCCUUUCUCUUUUCCUUUUUAUGGGUCUAGCUAGUUUUCGGAUCGAUCGAUGCAGUUAAGGUUAAUGCUUUCGGAGUGUAGAAUCGCCUCCUAUUUCAUCGAUUUAACUGCAGUUAUA